AUGUCCGAAAUGGCUGCUUUUGGUCUCUCCACUGAGCCUUUCGACCCUGACUACCGCUCGCAGUUAGGUACCGAACACGACAUGGCUAAUCCUACUCUUCCUCGGAUAGCAUUGUUCGUACCAUCUCAGUUUUGGGAUUACCAUGUGCAUUCACCCGUCGGCUAUCACGAUUAUCUUGUUCAACAGUACUCGAGCGGCUUCGAGAUGGCCCCCUUUAGCCCACCCUACGACUCUUACGAGCACUGGCAACACGAGUACGACACUCUUGCCUCGAAUAUGGCUACUCUCGACUCCACCACCCAACGAAGCAACCCUGGUAACAUCCUCGAAGCCGCUGUGGAGGCAACGAGCCCAAAGCUCUCCGCCGCAGCACCCCCCUUCGUGCCCGUCAAGUCCUCGACGCUCAACCCAGCAGCACCAACCUUCUUCCUAAGCCGCCUAGCAAUCUUCGAUCCUCCAGCCGACGACGAUCUCGUAAAGCGGCCUCGCAAGUACAACCGCGUCCUCCCCGAUGCGCGCAAUGACAAGAUCACAGAUGCGCUCGAAAUGAUGCGGCGCCCACACGAUGGACAAGUCGGCCGCUUCACCGACGAGACCACGUACGAGUUCAAUAAGGGCUGGCACUUCAACGACCCCGUACUGGCUGCGAUGUACCACACGAUGAUCGCGCCGAAGAAGCACAACUUUGCUGCUUUCGCACUGCGGGUCAACAUCCGGCCUGUGAACGAUGCGCCGCCGCUGUGGCCGCCUUAUGUGAAUCUCUUCGAUACCAAGUCUUACUACUUUGAGAUUGUAGAGAAGGACAGUGUGAAACAGGCGAAGUGGGUUACCAUCCUGCCAAGCGGCUCACCACCGACUGCUAAGACUGUCCACAUCUACGAGACAUACAAGAAGGAGUGGGUGUCUUUCGGUGACUGGCUCGCGAAGAAUAUCAAGUCGCGCAAGUGGGUCGGUCGUCUUGGCUAUCACUUGCAGUUCAAGUGGUACAAGAGUAAGGGCAGCAAACGUCGCUUCGAGGACUUUCCGGCUGAGAUACGAGAGAAGAUCUACAAGUUCGCCCUGGGUGGUGAAGUAUACCCGCUGAACAGUUUGUGCACCGCUGAAGAGUACACCUGCUUCUGGCCCGAUGGAGAGCCCGAAUCUGAAGCUCAGCUAACGCUGGGGCUGGGCUAUCACCCCGGUUUGUUUAUGCGUCUAAAGGGUGAGGCAUUGUUGGCGUCCCCAUGGGAUGAAAACCGUGUGCCGGAAGAUCGACCUCCUGUGCACAAACCGAGUCUCUCGCUUUCGGCGGUGAACUCCACGAUCCGCGAAGAGUUCCUCCAUUUCGCCUGGGUACGAAUGCGUAGCCGGUUCUUCACACCAGACCUGUUCGUCCUAGCCAUUAAAGCGUGGGCGGGUCCAGCGAUGACUUACCAGCAUCUGAGUAAGAUCGAGUUGAACUUCACGAAUGUGGAGUGGUUUGAGUUCUUCGGCGCCUCCGAGAUGUAG